GUACUCCGUAUAUCAUACUCAAUUAGAGGAUUUGUAUUUGAUGAGCCAAAAUUGUUCAUGCUAUGUUGCUGGCUGAAAUACUUUCUGGAUUGGUCAGGAGAUACAAUGAUUGCUUUUCACACUAAUGAAGGGGAAUUCAGAUUCAAAGGCUAGCUUCAACCUUCAAGUGUUCUUGCUAUAAAGAAAUAACAAAAGGGAUAGGAGAAAGCAUAAAACUGAGGUAGGCGAUAAGGCCUCGGUCCUUCCAGACCCCGCUGUUAUGCCUCCCUUAAAGAAAAUGACAGCUAAGACAGGUGGAACUUAUAAUGGUGGGUCAGGUGCUGGUAACCACUCGAAAGAGAUGCAUGACCAGUGGCCAAACAACCUAUUAAGAAACGGGCAACCAAAACAGCAGAGGAUCUUGUGCACCAGCAUGCCUCUCUUGUUCGGAAUGAUAACAUUAUGGAUACUAUUAACGACGUGGUCGUUGAUGCUGCAAACCAAGCCAAGUCUUCGGCGAAGGACAUCAACAACCCAACACAUGCCAAAACCGAUGGGGUUUCAAAGGCGUCUACUGGAAAGGAACCUAUCAAACUGUUUUUGGCUCCGCUCAAACCUAGGACUAGUGAUGACAUUAGUGCCUAUAGUUAGGCCAAGACUAGGGUAGAGUUUGAUUUGAGGAAUCAACAAAUUGCUGGCGAACACAAAUUGCAAAAGGAAAGGUCUAAAUUCAAUGCAAGACCCUACGCGAAACUCAUGGACCACAACACUUAACCACUCAAGAACAAAAACUCUCUUAUAAA